AUGACAACAACAACUUUUUUUUUAUUUUUAAUUCCAGUAUUAGGUAUAAUAUUAUUAUUAGUUAAUUUAAUACUUUCACCACAUAACCCUUAUCAAGAAAAGGAUAGUGCUUUUGAGUGUGGUUUUCAUUCUUUUUUAGGACAAAAUAGAACACAAUUUAGUAUUUCUUUCUUUAUAUUUGCUUUAUUAUUUUUAUUAUUUGAUUUAGAAAUUUUAUUAAUAUAUCCUUAUGUUGUUAGUGCUUACACUAAUGGUAUUUAUGGUUUAUUAGUAAUGAUAGUAUUCUUCCUAGUAUUAACUUUAGGUUUUGCCUUUGAAUUAGGUAAAAAUGCUUUAAAAAUAGAAAGUAGACAAAUAUUUAAUUUUAAUAUAAAAUCUUGAAAUGGUUAUUCUUUAAUUUAUAAGUAA